CUCUUCUGUCCCAAAAAGUAACCUCUUCUCAUUGGGUCUCUUAUCUGAUACCACCGGGUCAGACAUACAUAGUGUGUGGGGCCACUCGUCCAACCAGUUUAAGGUCCGAUGCCAUCCAACUAUAGAGCAGCGUAGAUUUUUGCGGCUGCGGCUUGGUUGGUAAGACAGACACUCCUUCGAAUUUUUCCUUCCCGAUUACUGUCUCACCUUCCCUAAGACAACACCAAGAGGCGAGAGUGCGUAAAAAGAAAAGAUGGCUUUCGAAGUCUUCAAGGACUCUCAACAGGGUGCCGCCUUUGUAAUUUGUGUGGUAACGACUCCAGUAUGUAUCUUGGCGACUUAUUUGCGAUUCGUCGCUACGAAGCGCGCCCAUCGCAAAAUCGGCAUUGAAGAUUGGUUUUCACUGGUGGCUCUGAUCUUCUUCGUACCAUAUACACUUAUCUUCAUCUAUCUUUUGACAAGACUAAAUGGAAAAUCGCUGCAAGAACUCGCGAAGCUUCCUCCUGAGGAAGGAAUGCACAUCUUGAAGGUCGGAUGGGCUAUGUCACCACAGUUCUGCGGAAACCAGCUCUUCUCCAAACUCAGUCUAUUCGCCCUCUACUAUCGCAUAUUCUCGGUGAACGAGACAUUCCUACGAUGGAUAUACUCCCUUGUCGGCCUUCAGAUCGCCUGGUUCAUCUCGGCGUACGUGGUCAAAUGGAAUUUGUGUUCGCCCGCGCCUUUCGCUUGGGAUAAGACAAUAGAGGGUGGCACUUGCAUUGAUAUAGGGGCCUUCCUUGCUGCGAGCGAGACUAUUAACUCCUUGGUCGACUUCGCUAUGAUUGGACUUGCGGUUUGGAUUGUGCAGUCGCUGCAAGUGGACACAUCUACGAAAUGGAGGCUUUGCAUUCUAUUCUCAUUGGGAGGCUUGUCCGGAGUCAUUGGUUUCAUCAAGAUCGGAGAAGCAUACAGUGCCGCAUACACAAAUAUCCUUGACCCAAUUUGGGAUAUUGUUCAGAUGGCUACCAGUAUCAUAUGCUGCUGCGCGCCUAUCUACAGAUCCUUGGUGAUCGAAUUAGGCUCCGUCAGGAGGCUAAGCUCGAAAUUAAGUUCUCAGCUUGGUCUCACUUGGCUUAGGACGAGGUCAUCUCAGACAAGGAAGUCAAGUUGGACAGAUUCCAAUACCAACAAAAGCAAAUCACGGACGCGCGACGAGAAUUGGAUGCCAAUUGAUGGCUCUAGUCAAAGAGAAUUAGCAUGGGAAGUUUCCGCGGCACCUUACAACCAUGCAGCACACGCAGAAGAUGGGCGAAGCCACCAUUCAGAUAACCCUGUUUAUCCGAUGAAGACCUUGGAGGUACGACAGAAUAUUGAGUUUGUUUAACGACCGGGAUUGUUAUGAUUAUGGGAUCAAGAUACCUAGGUAGUUUAGGAGUUUAGGGAUUCAAUUAAGGAAAGACAUGAUAACGCGU